CUUUAUGUGUGGAUCAAAAGUGAAAGUUCAGAUAUGAAGAUGUUUGGUCUUCAACUGUUUGUUUUGAUUUGUUUGUAUGUUGCAGUACAGCCGUCCAGUCAAACAGACGGCAGCUCUUUUCUCAUCUACAAUGAGGAUCACAAAAGAUGUGUGAAUGUCAUUAAAGCCAAUGUUGUACAGACGGCAGCAUGUGAUGUAUCUUCUGACGCUCAGCAUUUCCGAUGGGUUUCUUCUUCAAGAAUUAUCAGCGUCUCUCUUAAACUCUGUUUGGGGGCCCAAAAUAUUAAAGACUCUGAGAAAGUGAUCCUUCUGCCCUGUAAAGAGCUCAGUCCUCUACAGACCUGGGAAUGUAAGAAUGAGACCUUGUUUGGCUUAAAGGGACAACCGUUACAUCUGAACUACGGCAAGCGAGGGGACCAGAACAUGUUGCUUUCUAAGGGAAAUGGAUCUUGGAGUCGCUGGCAGAUUUAUGGGACUAAAGACAAUCUGUGUUCUCAUGGAUAUCAAGAGAUUUAUACCGUGGGUGGGAAUUCAUUUGGAAAGCCAUGUCAGUUUCCCUUUAAGUUUAGUGACAAGUGGUACGCUAAGUGCACCGUGGAGGGAAGAUCAGACGGCAAACUGUGGUGUUCAACUGAGGCAGAUUAUGAUACGGACAAGAAAUGGGGCUUCUGUCCAACCAAAAGUGCCUCAGGAUGGGACAGUGAUCCAGUAACUGGUGUAUUAUAUCAGAGAAACACACAAUCAGCACUGACCUGGCAUCAAGCUCGAGCCAGCUGUCAACAACAAGAUGCAGAUCUUCUCAGUAUAUCAGAACUACAUGAACAGUCUUAUAUAUCAGGCUUGACAGAUCUCUUGGGUUCAGCUUUAUGGAUCGGACUCAACAGUCUUGACUUUGAGAGUGGAUGGCAAUGGAGUAAUGGAAACCCAUUCAGAUAUCUCAACUGGGCUCCUGGUAAUCCCUCUCUGGAGCCGGGCCUUAACUGUGCUGCAUUAAACGCCGGUAAAGCAUCCAAGUGGGAAAGUUUGGCCUGCAGCAAGAAGUUAGGUUACAUUUGCCGCAAGGGAAAUUCAACAGAUAUCACACCUUCAACUGGUAAAGAUCAACCGAACUUCUGUCCAGUGUCGUGGGUGCCGUACGCCGGUCACUGUUAUGAUCUGCAGCGCACCAAGAAGACAUGGAGUGAGGCUUUGGCCGCGUGUCACAAAGAAGGAUCAGAUCUGGCCAGUAUUCACAAUAUAGAAGAACACAGUUUCAUCAUAUCACAGACUGGAUACAUGUCGACUGAUGAGCUCUGGAUUGGUCUUAAUGAUCAAAGGAUUCAGAAUCUGUUUGAGUGGUCAGAUAGAUCACACGUCACCUUCACUAAAUGGUUUGUUGGAGAACCUUCACACAUCACAAAUCGAAAGGAGGAUUGUGUUCUUAUCAGAGGACAGGAGGGAAAGUGGUCAGAUCAUCUGUGUGAGUCAGCUCAUGGUUACAUCUGUAAGAAGAAAGCUUCCAUUAAAGCUGAAGGAUCUCCAGAGGUCAUCAGUCCUGGAUGUCCAGCUGGUUGGUUUAGGUUUGGCUAUUACUGUUAUAAUGUUGCCAUGGAAACCAAAACUUUUGAUGAUGCCAAACUGACGUGUAAGCAGACCACAGCUAACCUGGUUGAUGUUGGCAGCAGAUAUGAGAGCGCGUUUCUUAUCAGUCUGGUCGGUCUUCGACUUGAGAAAUAUUUCUGGAUUGGUUUGUCUAAUACUCAUCAGAAUGAGCAAUUCCAGUGGAUCAAUGGUGAUAAAGUCAAGUUUACACACUUUAAUGUAGGCAUGCCAGAUAAGCACAGAGGUUGUGUAGCAAUGUUAACAGGAACUUCAGCAGGAUUAUGGGAUGUAUUGGACUGUAACACUAAACAGAAAUACAUCUGUAAGAAAAUGGCAGAAGGAGUCACUACAACCCGAGAGCCUCCGACCACACGACCUCUCAGCUGCCCGGAUAAUUGGAUUAAAAAAGAUCCAGGAAAUUGUGUUCGGGUCUACAGAAAGCAGUUGGAUGAGAAGAAGAAUUGGUUUGAAGCGCGUGACUUCUGUCGAGCUAUUGGUGGUGAUUUAGCAAGCUUUCAUUCAGAAGAUGAAAUGGAUGUGUUACCCAUAAGGUAUUCAAGCUCAGACCCGGCGUGGAUCGGCUUCACUUCAUUGGACAGUAAUUCUGGUUUUGUGUGGUCAGAUCAAACUCCUUCUGAUUAUGAGAACUGGUCCUUCGGUGAACCAAACAACCAUAAUAAUCUGGAACACUGUGGAGAAUGUGGCUUUUAUUAUGGACGCCAGUGGAAUGAUCGUGAUUGUGACGCUUAUAAUGACUGGAUCUGUCAGAUUCCUAUAGGCAUAACUCCAAAAUCCCCUCCGACAACAGUUAUUCAAGAAUAUAACAAGACGUCUGAUGGCUGGAUUCAGUACAAUGGCAGUCAGUAUUUCAUUAAUAAUGAUCUGCACCCUAUGGAAGAAGCUCGUGCCUUCUGUAAGAAGAAUCAUGCUGAUCUUGUUGUCAUUACUGCUCAGACUGAGAGGAAGUUUUUAUGGAAGCAGAUAUCUAGAGGAUCAGAAAGUCAGUAUUACAUUGGAAUGACUGUAGAGUUAGACAAAUCCUUUAGUUGGGUGGACGGUUCACCUGUUGUAUACACUGCAUGGGAUCAAAAUGAACCAAAUUUUGCCAACAAUGAUGAGAACUGUGUGACGAUUUACAAGAACAUGGGAUUCUGGAAUGAUAUUAAUUGUGGUUUAUCGUUACCCUCGAUCUGUAAAAGAAGUGAUGAUUUUGUCAACACCACCAUGUCUCCAACCACUGUACCAGUGGGUGGCUGCGCUCCUGAAUGGACUCUGUUCAGAGGAAAAUGUUACAAGUUUUUCGAUAAUAAGAUGUCGUGGCAUAAAUCACGAGAUCACUGCGUUUCACAUGGAGGCAAUCUGGUGUCCAUUCGGAGUCACACAGAGCAAUCGUUUCUUACAACUUUGAUGCUAAGUUCUGCUGAUGACGCGUGGAUUGGUUUAAAUGACGUCAACUGGGAGAUGCACUUUAUGUGGACUGAUGGCAAAGCAGUCAGAUACACUAACUGGCUCAAAGGUCAACCCGCAUCAGAGUCAGGACGAUUUUAUAAAAGGGAAGCAAGUUUAUAUGAGUUUCAUGAAGACCCUUGGGACAGAUAUUUACACCGUUCGUUCAUGUUUGAGGAUCAGAGCUAUGACUGUGUUGUGAUGGUUAAACACCCAGAGAAGUCCACUGGUAUGUGGAAAGUUGAAGACUGUGGAGAUGAUAGAGGUUUCAUCUGCAAGAGGAACACAGACUCUCAGCUGUCUGCUCCCGUGACCACAGCAGUACCACAGAAAUACUUCAGUCUGGGCAAUGAUUCAUAUAAGGUCCAGCUGGAGAAGAUGAGCUGGGAUGAAGCGAGAAGACAGUGUAAAGCUGAUGAUGCUGAUCUUGCGAGUGUUCUGGACUCCAUCAGUCAGGCGUACACCAGCCUACAAGUCGACAAACUCAAAGAACCUUUGUGGAUCGGACUCAACAGUAACCUGACAGGUGGACGCUAUCGCUGGGUGGAUAACUGGCUUCUAAGCUACAGUAAAUGGGCUACAGGAGAACCCAAAAACAAUUUAGCUUGUGUUUAUAUUGACACGGAUGGAGACUGGAAAACUGCAGCAUGCAACAACGCAUAUUAUUCCCUCUGUAAAAGAUCAAAAGCUGUUGCCCCCACAGAUCCUCCUCAGCUGGCGGGUAACUGUCCUGAAUCAAAGAAACGUAAAAGUUGGAUCCCAUUUAGAGGACACUGCUAUACGUUCAUGACUUCCAUGAGAGACAGCUGGGCUCAUGCCACAGUAGAAUGUAUAAGAAUGGGUGCAUCUCUAUUGAGUAUUGAGGAUCCAAUAGAAUCACAGUUUAUCCGACAAAACCUGGAGAUCCUGCAGGAUGAAGUCAAGUCAGUCUGGAUUGGACUUCACCGCAGUCAUAUGGGUGAUUGGAUGUGGAUUGAUAAUACGGUUGUGGAUUACACAAACUGGAAACCGCGGAUGCGGGAUAGUGUUGAAAAUUGUGUUGAAGUUCAGUCAAACACUGGGAUGUGGAGCACCAACAGCUGUAAUAAUCGCAGAGCUUAUAUCUGCAAGACUGCUAAAGUUAUACCACCAACAGAGAAGCCAUCAGUCUCAGAUCAUCAGAUAGAUGAGACGUCUCAUGGAUCAGCUGGCAUCGCUGUAGGCAUCGUGUUGGUCAUCAUCGCUCUUGUGGGUCUUGCCGGGUUUCUGUUCUGUAAGAGAAAUCCCAGGCCUGUGAUUGGACAGUGUACAUUUGACAACAGACUCUAUAACAACUCUGAUCCCUCACGGCCACCUACAACUAUUGAUACUAAAGGACUUGUUGCCAACAUUGAACAAAAUGAGCACGCUUAACACAAAUUAGAAAAUAUAAGCAAUAUAUACUGUUAAGGCAAACGUAUGCAAAUUGGUCUCGCCUUCACCUUUUCGCUAUAGAUUCUUCAUCGGCAGUUCCAGACACAUAACUGGACAGCAAAAUCCUCAGAGUUAAACAAACACUGCUGGGUGUAUAUAUUGUCCCAAUCUUACAGAAUGUUGAAAAGUAACACUGGAGCAGAAUUAAAAACUGCAGUCUGUAACUUAUUCUCUCUACGAUAUGAAACUUAGGUUUAAAUGUUUGCCGUUCCAUUAAAGUCAUCAUUAUGGUGA